UGCAAAGAUAAUCUGAUUAAGGGGCAAGAGAUGACCUCAGUUUAUCUCUUCAUCACUUAAAAUCCAAAGCACCUUUAGCCAGGACAAACACACAAAGCCUAGUAAAGCAUUUCUCUGUCAAUUAGUGAAUCACAGUUAUCUGAAAGCCCUUAGUGAGCUAAACUUUUAUUUCCAGAGUAUUUGAGAGUAGGGUUAAAGUGUCACUACUCAUCUCGAACUGUGUCCUGUCCAUAUUUCGUCUCCCUGUGUCUGUGCACUCAUAAAUAGAACUGUAGAUGCAUAAGACACAUUAAAACACCGUCAUCCACGGCUGUCAUCACAUCCAGCACUGACACUGCAAUCGAUAACACUGCUUCAACAUGAGAGUGGUUAACAUGGGUCCAGAUCCAUCUUUGGUGUAUCGCCCUGAGUACCUGCUACAGGAGGGCAAAGACAAAUCUGACUUCAGAAACUUUGAGAGUGGAGAUCUUUUUGACAGAGUUUUUAACACAUACAGACUGAUGCACAAAAAUCAGACCCUGGACUUUGUCAAACACAAGCAUGCAGAAUGGGCCGGCUGUACUCACUCAGCUAUGACUGUAAUAGAAAGCAUUAACUGUCUGGAUCAGCUGGUUGAUGAAUCAGACCCUGACGUUGACUUUGCAAACUCAUUCCAUGCUUUCCAAACUGCUGAGGGCAUCCGCAGGGAACACCCUGAUAAAGACUGGUUCCAGCUGGUUGGUCUUAUACAUGACAUUGGCAAGAUCAUGGGUCUAUGGGGAGAGCCACAGUGGGCGGUGGUUGGAGACACGUACCCUGUGGGCUGCCGCUUUCAGAACUCCAUUGUUUUCAGAGACUCCACAUUUGUGGAAAAUUCAGAUGACAACGAUAUCACACUGAACACAGAGUGUGGGAUCUAUAAACCUCACUGUGGACUGGACAAUGUACUGAUGUCCUGGGGGCAUGACGAGUAUCUUUACCAAGUGAUGAAGUUUAACCAGUGCUCCAUCCCUGAAGAGGGUUUGUAUGUGAUCCGUUUCCACUCGUUCUACCCCUGGCACUCUAACGGUGACUACAUGCAUCUUUGCAAUGAGAAAGAUCUGAUGAUGCUGCCCUGGGUUAAAGAGUUUAAUAAGUUUGAUUUGUACACCAAAAGCACAGAUCUACCAGAUGUGGAGCAGCUGAAGCCAUAUUACCAGUCACUCAUUGACAAAUACUGCCCAGGAGUACUACACUGGUGAACACACACAUCACUGUCUUUGGAAACAAUAACAUACACUAUAUGGCAACAAGUAUGGCUUACCACAGAUCCACUGUCAGAAAUCUUUUAUUCUUUAAUUUUACUGACAUUUGCACCCAAGGAUUCCACACAGUCUGUUUCAUUUAAAUGUUUUAUGACCCUUUAAAAGGGGGCCCCAAGCCUUUUGACUACACUCACAUCCCUUUUAUUCCAAUUUAAUGGAUUAGCCAAAGGGAGAAUGAAAGAUGGCAGAUAAAUCCAGCCACUUAUUACUCAGUAAUCGCAAGUGGAGGACUUCUGGACUUUCACAGAUUUCAAAGAUCCCUCAGAGACAAGAGACAAUUCACAGACUUAAGUGCUUCAGAUUCCACAAAAACAGGAUGUACCAGCCAUAUGGCUAAACGUGACAGCAAUAACUGACAUACCCCACACACAUGCACGCUCACACACUGUUCUGUUGUCAUAUUCUAUGUAUUCCUUUCAUUGUUAUCUCUGUACUUAAUACUUUCUUCAUAUAUAGCUAAUGUAUGUAAACUAUAUUUUUUGUAAUUAUGUUAUGAUCCUCUAUCCAUAAUGAAUUUGUACAAAUCUAAGAAGGUUGUACUGCAUGCUUAAACCCUGUAUUGCUAAUCAAAAAUGAACAUUCAUGUAAGACUGGGUGAAUCUGUAUAUAUAUAUAUAUUGGUAUUAAGAUUUUGUUUUUAUUAUGGUAAGUAAGCCUUCAUUACAAAUUACUUUUAUAAUCGCUUCGCUUCUGUUGUAAAUCAGUUCCAAACUACAGCAAUACCUAACGGGUGAAGGAGUGAUUCAGAGGGAAUCCCCUUUUAGACUUUUGCAGAGAUUUUUGGAGACUUUGGUUGAUCUUAAGAUAAUUUCUUGAGGUCCUCAGACCACUCCAGAGCUCCUAUUUUAGAUACACAAAUAUCACUUGGAGGUUUUUUGUUCAGAAAGUUUCAAAGUGCACCAUUCUCAAUGCUUAGAGUAAAUUGGUCAAGCUUAGUGCGCUGGUUGCAUUUAGCUAGACCACACGUUGGAAUUUGGAUCCAAUCAUCAGCAUUUGAGACUUUACUAUUGGCCAUGAUACAUUUUUGAGUCUACGAUUUUUCAUUCGGUUGUGCACAAACCUAUGUGAUGAGAAGAAAGCAAAAGUUUAGCAUCAUGGAUCAAACCUGUGAUGGAAGUUGAAAACCUCAUCUCCUGUCGAGACCAGUUUGAAAGUUCCAAUGCAAAGUAACAUUGCUGGCUUGUGAAGACAAAUGCAAGAGGUAGACUCAAUAUUUCAAUGCUUAAGAGUUUGGUUCUGAUGAUUUUAACUGUUCUGUACAUUCCAUUAGUAAUUGGUAACAGAAAUUCCAAUUAGACUAAGUUUCCUGGUUCCACCAUAGUGGGCAUCACUUCUAUAAAAACUAUAUAUAGAUAAUCAUAUAUAAUUUCUCCGCAUUGAUCUUGUACCUGCACAUUUAUCCUGCUAUCAUUACCACUCAGUUACUUUAUUUACCUAUUAAUUACCAUUGUAUGUGUUAUGCUUUUAGUCCAAUAAACACUAUAACUAUUCAGAA